GACGAAAAGAACUUGAUUCAAAACAAGGUAAAAAAAGACCAGACUUCUGUCUGUGUAUACAACAGAACUACAUGUAUGGUAGAAUGUCACAGACGGAAAUCGGAAGCCAAUAUGAGAAUCAUUCAACAGAUGCGACACAAGCCAAAGACAAAGAACCAAUAGUGAGAAAUUGUGAGAAUGGUUGUCAAAAUACGGAAUUUGAAGUUCCAUGUAACUGUACUGUCUCUCAGUCAAAGUGUCGGAACAGACAGUACUCGCAGGCUGAACCAAAGCCCAACAGAAAGAGAAAAAAGAAGAGAUAUCUGAAACAAUUGUCGUCUAAGGUUGGAAUACCAAACGAUUCAUCUUCGGCAACAGAGAACAGAAAACACAGGGCGUUAAGUGAGACCGGGGAAGCGCUGGGGAGAGGCAGUCCGUUCAUUUACUGUAGAUUUAUUGUCAAGUUUCCAAUACUAGCCUUUUUGCUGUCGUCGACUCUACACGUGUUUGCAAUUGUGGCUACUGUUUCCUUGGUUGUGACCGGGGACAACGUGUUUCCAACCGAUUUCAAAAAGUUACCCUUGGUCUUGUACGAUGACAGCAGCAGAAAGCGAGAUUUGGCGUGGCGGAGCCGGGACGCCUUCUCUAUGAGGAUCACACGACCCGUGUACGGCAUCUACUACCCUACUUGGGUGGGAGGACAGGUCAAGGACAUUUUAGAAGUCAUUUUAGAGGUCGACGAUGGAAGCAUAUUUAGUAAAAAUAAUCUUUACCUAAUUCAACAAAUAGAAAAUCUGCUGUUUAAUUUCAAAGAUUACAAGUCUACAUACUGCCAAAGAGAUGAGUUAUAUGAGUGUGUGAAGCCUUGGUCGAUUAUUCGGCUGUUUGAUGGAACGUAUAAAAGUGUUGAUUCAAGUUUCUAUAAUCCAAAUUUCGAUCAUCCAACAGACGUUUUAUGUAAUGCAAAGAAAUUCACGGAAACAAAGGAAUUUGUGGAGUAUCUGUUUCCCAAAGGAUAUGAUCCCUGUCAGUCCGGAAGUGAUUCCUCUAUGACGAGGAUAUUUUUAAUCAUGGGAUAUCCUUUGUUGGGCAGCAACAGUAACUCUCGAAUCAACAACUUCUUAAUAAAUGAAGUUAAGCCACACGUGGAGAGCAUACGAGAUAAUAUUAUUGGAGAUAGAAUGCAUUUAUACUACACCAGUAAAAUGAUAUUUGACAGCGACGUUACUCAGCAGGCCUUUGACGACAUGUUAUUUGCAAUUGGAAGUUUUCUCUUCAUAUUCCUUGUUAUGUGGAUUCAAACAAAGUCGUUCUUUAUAACAACGUUCGGGAUUUUCAGUAUAUUAACAAGCUUUCUACUGGCCAAUUUAGUUUAUCGAUAUAUCUUCAGCUAUGAAUACUUUGGAUUUUUUCACAUUAUUUCGAUGUUCAUUAUCCUUGGAAUCGGUGCAGACGACGUGUUUGUAUUCUAUGACUGCUGGCGCCUUACUGAUGACGUCAACUAUCCAAGUUUAGCUCACCGUCUGACUGACUGUUACUACAGGGCCGCCAAAACUACUUUUGUCACCUCAGUCACAACAAUGGCAGCAUUUCUUGUCAGCGGCAUGUCUCCAUUGCUGCCGGUGGCAUCUUUUGGUCUGUUCACCGGCAUUUUGGUUGGUGUUAACUAUAUAUGUGACCUAGUCUACUUUCCAACGGCUAUCGUUUUAUAUUCACAGAAAAUAAGACCUAAAACCACAAAGUGUUAUGAUUGGAUAAGUAAAAAAGUUCACUGUUUGAAAGGUAUCAAAUGCAAGCUAGACAUGUGCAAGAAAAGCGAAAACUUGCGAGGAAAAGAUUCAGAAAAAACGACGCCAUCUAAUUCAUCUGUAUCGUUUUUGUGCUCUCCGCGACAGACGGCCAAAGAGGAUUCCAGUCGUCUGUUCCCGAAAUUACCGCCAAUUUCUCAAAUAAGGAAUUUAGAUCAUUUACAAUUCUCCGAUACUUUUAAUACUGAAAAGAAUUUUAAACCAAAACAAUCCACUGACAAAACAAACACCACGCGAAAAGAAUUUGAGGAACGAAUGCUGGUUGUUCGGUUCCUUCGUCACGGGUUCUAUUCGUUCCUUUCCCUUCGAAUAGUGCGACUAGUUUUACUGGUCUUGUUCUUGGGGAUGUCGGCCUUCUUGAUCUAUAGUGCAACCAAUUUGGAACCUGACAGCAAGCAAGUUCAGAUUUUCCGAUCAUCUCACAAUCACGGCAAAGCAUCCUUCCAUCAUUAUUACUCGUUCCAAAGAAACUUUGAAGAAGAAUACACCAGUGUGUAUCUGGUGUGGGGGAUGAUGGAGAAGGACACCUCUCCGUGCAGUCGGAAGUCCUCGGAUUUCUGCAGUGGAACAAUGGUUUGGGACCAGUCCUUUAAUUCUUCCUCACCAGAAGCACAAAUGGCAAUUUAUAAUUUGUGUCGACGAUUGGAAAAUGCCAGCGAUUCUGAAAUACAACGACUGAAAAUAAGAAGAAAUUCGUUAACUAAUAAACCGGAAGUCAGUUGCUAUCUGACAGCCAUGGAGCGAUUCCUUCAGGAAGAUGUUACAAAUAACAGACAAGGGUAUCCACCAGAUCUUGAUGUCAACGUUCCAAUGGAUCGCGGAAACAUGACAAAAUUCAUGAUUUCCAACAAAAAUAUCUACAAACACCCAAACACUCUUCCGGCUCAUUUCAAUAGAUGGCUUGAGAUUGGACUUGGGUACUGGAUAACCAACAGAUAUACAGGCACAAUUCACGAAGACUACUUUCUGUACAACCACCUUAUUGGCGAGCAAUACGUCAGAGGAGAAACAACUAUCGCACAGAACACGCAUUUAGGGUUGUUUUAUGGUACCAAAAUAAGAUAUUUCGGUAUCCAGGUCAACUUGACAGUUAGCGUCUUCACCCUGGGCUUGGCUGAGGGCAAGCCAGUGUACCAGGCUUGGGAACAACUGAUGGUCGAUGCGAAAGAAAAAAUGCCAGCUUCCUUGGGGAAUGGCUUCCAGUGCACUAGGAACACUUGGCAUUGGAUACGAGUACAGGAGGUACUCUCCGAGUCGGCUGUGAUGGGGAUCAUUAUUGGGCUGUCCGUGGCCCUGCCUGUCCUCGUCCUUACAACCAUGAACAUCAUCAUCGGGUUCAUAGCAUGGACCGUGAUUGUCAUGGUGACGGUGUGUGUCGUGGGAUCUAUACCACUCCUGGGCUGGAAAUUGGGGGUCCUGGAAUCGCUCAACCUGUGUAUGGUGGUCGGACUGGCAGUGGAUUACGUGGUCCAUCUCGCCGAGGCCUACAACGUGUCUCCAUACAUCAGACGCCAAGACAAGACGCGCAACAUGCUGGAGAAGAUGGGCCUCUCCGUCCUCUCGGGCGCUUUUACAACCUUUGGGGCUGCUCUGUUUAUGCUGGGGGCCCAAAUUCAGUUUAUCUACCAAUUUGGUAUAUUUGUUAUGAUCACAGUGUGUGCAUCUAUGUUAUUUUCUAUGUUUGCAUUCACUUCCUUGAUGUUAGUCCUUGGACCUGAGGGUAAUACGGGUUCUGUAAAGGCAUUGGUUAAAUGGAUUUUCUGCUGUCACGGUAAACAAAAUGGUAAAAAUCAAGAUUCAGAUGUACAACCAAAUCCUGCAUGAGGACCUAUGUUUGACCUGCCUUUCUUCUUAGUGCCAAAUAUGAUCCUUAAUGUCUUUCAUUGUAUAUGGGAACUAUUUUAUGUGCUGUUAUAAUUUUAUUAUGUUUAUGAAUUAAAAGACAUUGAACUGUU